UAGACUAAACUUGGUUUUCGAUAUUGGUGCAUUUCGAUCUUGCGGAAGAUUUUUAUACGAAAUAAUUACAAAUAAGAGUUGUAGGCUUUCCUGUUCGCCACUAAGAUGACAAUAAUCGUAUUCCUUGUGGAUACGUCGGCUUCCAUGAAUCAACGAGCCUACCUUGGAGGGCGUCCUUCGCUGCUGGACGUGGCGAAAGGCGCUGUUGAGACUUUCGUAAAAAUUAGGCAGCGAUCCCCUGAGAGCCGUGGUGACAGAUAUAUGCUCCUUACAUUUGAAGAACCUCCAUUCAAUAUCAAGGCUGGAUGGAAGGAAAAUUUAGGGACAUUUAUGAAUGAGCUAAAGAAUCUGCAAGCAACUGGGUUGUCAACAUUGGGUGUUGCACUGAAAAGUGCAUUUGAUCUACUCAAUGUCAAUAGAAUGCAAACUGGUAUUGAUAUGUAUGGUCAAGGAAGACACCCUUUCUUUUUAGAGCCAGCUGUAAUAGUAGCCAUUACUGAUGGUGGGAAGCUUGCUUACAAUGGAGGAAUCCAUGACGAGUUGAACCUGCCUAUGAAUAACAAUAUUCCUGGUGCUGAGUUGACGCGUGAGCCUUUUCGGUGGGACCAGCGGCUCUUUAGCCUAGUUCUACGACUUACUGGAACUCCACCCCUUGAAAGAGAUCCAAUGGGAUUGGUACCAAGUGAUACUUCGCCAAUAGAUACCAUGUGUGAAGUAACAGGGGGACGUUCGUAUGCGAUAACCUCUCACCGGAUGCUUAUGCAAUGUGUUGACAGUUUGGUUCAAAAAAUUCAAAGUGGUGUAGUUAUUUAUUUUGAAAAAAUAGGACCUGAUCCUCCACUUUUAGCUGAAGGGAAAGCGGACUGUACAAAUGGUGAAGUUUUACUUGAUGAAGAUAGUAAAGCAAUUUUUUCAGGAUCAUCUUGGCAAGUUUGUAGACGAAUGAUUUAUGUACCACGUUCUGCACAAAAAGGAUUUGCUGUUGGAUUUUGGCCUAUUCCAGAAGCUUUCUGGCCUGAUGUGAAUGCUCCUUCCCUGUCUCCCCGAACUGCGCAUCCCGUUGUCCAAUUCACGUGCACUAACCAAGAACCCAUGAUAAUUGAAAAUCUUCCGUUUGACAAGUACGAAGUGGAACCUUGUCCAUUGACUCAGUACAUUCUGUCAAGGAAGCAGGCGUCCACAUGUUGGCAAGUGUUCGUUCCUAACAGUUACCGAAGCUCUGAAUCUGGCCAUCCAUUUGGAUAUCUUAAAGCUAGCACAAAUUUGCAAUCAGUCAACCUUUUUGUGAUGCCUUACAACUACCCGGCGUUACUCCCUCUAUUGGAUGAGCUUUUCCGAGUACAUCGUUUGAGACCAACCGCUGAAUGGAGAGGACAUUUUGCCAACUAUUUACGAACAAUGCCACCAUACUACGCUGCGCCUCUGCGCCGUGCUCUGACUAGAAUGGGUGCCCCGAACUUAGCCUCUACUCUGAUACCUGAAUCAUUGGACAACAAUUUGAGUUAUAGUAUAGUCAAUUAUUUGAAGAGACUCAAGCAUCAAGCAAAAGUUGAGUUUGAUCGAGUUUGCUCAGAAGUCGGGAGAAAUCGACAAGUUGUAGUUGAUUCCAUUAAGGUUAUACCAAGAUCCGCAUUUCGGAAAGAAUUUAUUUCUAAUCCCACGCUUAUAGACAAGUUUCUAAACUUACGGGACCAAAUGAGUGAUUUCCCUGGUUUUGCGUUGGCGUUGAAAGAACGAGAAAUGCGAGCUCAAAAUCUUCGUAAUCCAUUCGAUAUUCCACGUUCCACUCUUCUCGAUCAAGUUGCUAGAAUGCGGGCAAAUUUUUUGCAGCCUUCCUUGGCCCACACUAGAUUGCAAGACGAAGAUGACGUCCACAGUAUGCCUGUUGGUCAAAUGGGAAACUAUCAAGAAUAUUUAAAACGAAUAGCACCUCCUCUGCGAGAAAUCGAAUCUACACCUGUUAGACAACAUAUGUUUGGAAAUCCUUUUAAAAUUGACAAGAGGAUGAUGGUAGAUGAAGCUGAUAUUGAUUUGGUUGGUGGCAGCGCCUCGCAGACUAGUGGACGUGGAACCAAACGACCUGCUGAAUCUCCUAACCCUAUUCCAUUUAGGCCGUCAAAGAGAAAAGCUGGGCCGCUGCCACGCGAUUUGUGUGUCCGACGACCAUUUACACCACUGUCUUCAGCCUCAACUUCACCUUCACCUCCGCCCUCUCCAAUUCCGUCCUUGCCGGGAGAUGUGCAAAUUAGACCUGACAGUUAUUUACCUGGUGUUAAUUCACCCGUUUUCCCUUCACCAACAAUUGAUCACUUCGAUAGCGAAGAUGAAUCUCAUUCACUAGUAAUAGCCGAGUGCAACAUCGACGCGCCACCUGAAACAUCUCUUGUCAACGGAUUAACAAAAACUACUUCUACCCUUGAAGAUGUGCCACCGUGCGAACUUCAGAUAAUUAUUUCUCCAUCUCUUCAAGCUUUGCACAAUAAUGGUGCAAUAGUAACUCCCGAAACACUGGUUCCUGCUUCAGCAGCCAAUCAUUUCGUUAAUGGAGAUGUAAAAGAUCUGUACGCCAAUCAUGGUAAUACCAAUUACGCUUUUCUGAAUUGUGUCAGCGGAGUCGGCGACCAAUUGCCUCUAAAUGGAACUUUGUUACGGCCCGAGAUUCAAGAAAUACAACAACACAAUCUACAAGUCAAAUCCGCUGCUUGCCGCGCAAUUAAACGACCUGGAAGAAAUUUCAAUGGCGUCUUCAAUGAACUCUCACGUCUGAAGGGGUCAUUAGACUUGCGCAAAUCUAUAGUGAUGGAUAUCGUCAACGAAUGCCUGCGGUUUAAGCGUCGCAUAUUGGCAGAUCUUGUCAAACAGUUUCUUAACAGUCUGGGAAGAGAUCCAGAAGCUUUAUAAUCGUUGAAAAUUUUCAUAAACACCGUACGGACAUAUAGACAGACGUUAUUCACAGCAUCAGUAAAUUGUCCAAAUUGUG